AUGUCGGAUGAUUAUUACGUGUUCGGUGACGAAUCCUUACUGAAAGGCUCACCGAAGGGAAGCGUAAUUCGCAGAACCGGAUCUUUAGUGAGACCUGAGAGGAGUCAUUUGAAUGACCCAUCUCACCCUCACCAUUUUUAUGCACGGAAGGCGAAAGAAACGCAGAUGAAAGUUAACCCUUCUACAACUGGUGUUAGGCCAACUACAGAACCAGAACCCGAGAAAAGCCCUAAUGAAGAGGUAUACACUCUUAAACCCAAAAUUGCGCCGAAAAGAGAAGAUGAUCCAUUGUCACUUUGGCAGUUCUAUUGUUAUUUGAUCACUUUUUGGGCACCAGGACCCUUACUAGAAUUAUGCGGUAUGCCAAAGAAGGAACGGCAAUUUGCUUGGAGAGAAAAGGUCGGUUUGAUUUCUGUAAUCCUAUACUGUGGUAUUUUUGUUGCUUAUUUGACAUUUGGUUUCACAAAUUCGGUCUGUAGCUCUGACAGAAGUAGGCUUCGUAAUAAUGAGGUAACGGGGGAAUUUUUGAUCAUUCAUGGCAAAGCUUAUAAUUUGGGGACAUCUGCACACCCAGCAGCAGCAGGUAUUGAGGAGAAUACCAAUAUUCUAUAUCCACCGAUUAGUGCAGGAGGUAAAAUUGGAUCUUUCCUUUUCCAAAAUGUCAAUGGUAACUGUAGGGGGUUGAUUAGACCCAGGGAAAACUGUACUAUUCCACACGAAGGCGACGAUGUGGCUUGGUAUUUUCCUUGUAAAGUGGUUGAUCAAGAUGGAACCUCAACUCCUGAUUUUAGUCCAAAUGCCUAUUACAGUGGCUGGGCUUGUCAUACUACGAACAUGGCAAGGGAUGCAUAUUAUAAUUUGGAGGCUAAUGCGGAUGUGUUCUUUACUUGGGAAGAUAUAAGAAACUCCACAAGAAAUCUAGUGGUUUACAACGAUGAAGUAAUUGAUUUAGAUUUAUUAGAUUGGUUACAAAUGGAUGAUCUUGAGAUUCCAGGAGCUUUUGAUGACUUGCGAAAUGCCAACUUGAAAGGAUACGAUAUUUCUGUGAUUUUAUCUAAUAGCCAUGACAAACGGCUAGCUCGUUGCUUGACGGAAAUCGUUAAGGUUGGAGUCAUAGAUUCGGAUACAGUUGGUUGCAUUGCUUCCGAAGUGAUUUUAUAUAUAUCUUUAGUUUUCAUUUUGUCAAUUGUUGCUAUUAAGUUUAUUGUAUCUUGUUAUUUCCAUUGGUGUGUGGCAAGAAAGCAGGGCGCAUUUCCCGUUGAUAAUAAGACUUUGGCAAAAAUGGCUAACGAUAUCGAAGAUUGGUCAGAAAACAUUAAUAAGCAGGGUCCAAUUAAAACGGUGGAACCAUCUUUGAGAAACAAUUUCAAGAAGGAAUCCAGUCUAAAUAUAUUAUCCAAGGGUCGUUCUAAAUUUGAUUUUCCUAAAGCUAACUUAAAUCCUUCAACUGAUGAAAAAAUGAUAAAAAAGUUAAAGAGCUACGGUGUAACUACCAUGGCUAUACAAAGUUUACUCAAGGAAGCGGCUAUUGAAGAUUCCUCGUUUUUAUUGAACACAUCGAAGUCUCCAUAUCUUGCAUACUCAACUGCUUUCACUGAUGAUUUGUUUUCACAACAUCAAAUUAAUAGUUUGGAUCCGUCUACAAUUCAUCCGAAAGUUAUCCCUCAGCCGGCACCAGAUUAUAUUCCUUUUGGAUAUCCUUUAAUACAUGGUAUUUGCUUUGUUACCUGCUAUUCAGAAAAUGAAGAAGGCUUGCGCACAACAUUAGAUUCUUUAUCUACCACUACUUAUUCAAACUCCCAUAAAUUACUAAUAGUAAUAUGCGAUGGUUUAAUCAAGGGUACAGGGAAUAGUAAAUAUACUCCAGAAAUUGCGUUAGACAUGAUGGAAGAUUUUGUCGUUCCUCCAGCCCAAGUUCAAGCGCAUUCUUAUGUUGCGGUUGCCUAUGGAUCUAAAAGACAUAAUAUGGCAAAAGUUUAUGGUGGGUUUUAUAAAUAUGAUGAGAAUACAGUUCCUCUAGAGAAACAACAAAGGGUGCCAAUGAUAUGUAUUGUGAAAUGCGGAACUUCAGAUGAACAAGAUACUGCAAAAGCUGGAAAUAGAGGUAAACGUGAUUCUCAAGUGAUUUUGAUGUCAUUUUUACAGAAAGUAACAUUUGAAGAAAGAAUGACUAGAUUAGAAUAUGAAAUCUUGAAAAAUAUUUGGCAGGUUACAGGCUUAAUGAGUGAUUUUUAUGAGUUUGUUUUAAUGGUUGAUGCUGAUACUAAAGUCUUCCCGGAUUCAUUAAGUCACAUGGUUGCUGAAAUUGUUAAAGAUCCGAAAGUGAUGGGGUUAUGUGGAGAAACUAAAAUUGCCAACAAGAGAAAGUCCUGGGUAACUGCAAUUCAAGUUUUUGAAUAUUAUAUAUCUCAUCACCAAGCUAAAGCAUUUGAAUCCAUAUUUGGCUCUGUAACCUGUUUGCCAGGAUGUUUUUCUGUUUACCGAAUUAAAUGUCCGAAGGGAGACGAUGGGUUUUGGGUUCCUAUUCUCUGUAACCCCGAUAUUGUUGAACGUUAUUCUGAUAAUGUAACCAACACCUUACACAAAAAGAACUUAUUGUUAUUAGGUGAGGAUAGAUAUUUGUCCUCGUUGAUGUUAAAAACGUUUCCUAAACGCAAACAGAUUUUUGUACCAAAAGCUGCUUGUAAGACAAUCGUCCCAGAUAAAUUUAAGGUUUUACUAUCGCAGAGGCGUCGUUGGAUCAAUUCUACCGUGCAUAACUUGAUGGAAUUAGUUUUAAUCAAUGAUCUAUGUGGUACCUUUUGUUUUUCUAUGCAAUUUGUUAUUGCGAUAGAAUUGAUUGGAACUGUUGUCUUACCAUUAGCAAUCUGCUUGACCAUAUAUGUUGUCCUGUGUGCUAUAGUAGCUCGACCUGCACCUAUUAUUACUUUAGAAUUAUUGGCGAUCAUAUUAGGUUUACCUGGAUUACUUAUAGUUGUUACAGCUACAAGGUGGUCUUAUUUGAUUUGGAUGGGAAUCUAUUUAAUUGCGUUGCCAAUCUGGAAUUUUAUAUUACCAACCUAUGCAUUUUGGAAAUUUGACGAUUUCUCAUGGGGAGACACCAGACAGGUUCCUGGUGGUGAUAAAGGAAAUCACUAUGAUGGAGAGGGUGACUUUGAUGGAUCUCGAAUUCAAAUGAAAACUUGGAGAGAAUAUGAAAGAAUGGACAGGAUUGAAAGAAUUAACAACAAAGUUGAAAAUAUGACUGAGGUAGAGGAAGAAGAUACGAAAGCUAUAGAGAGUUGUGAUGUCUUCCCUGUACUGGAGACUGAUUCUGAGGCUCCAGGAUCGGACUUAGAGGGUACAGGAGAUAACGAAUUUUCUUCUAGGCAUAAGCUAGUUAUCUAUCAUUCUCCAAGUGUACCACCUCCAGUUCCAUAUCCAGAAUUACUGGCAACUAAUCAUCAAGCCCCCAAAGUCUGGCAACAAGUGGAACAACGGCGUUAUCAAAAGAAAGAACAACAACCAGAAAUAAUUCCAAAGUAUGAACCACAAACCCAAGAAGAUAAACUAUCACAACAGCAACGACAUCAAGAAGAGCUUCAAAAACGGUUCCAAAAACAUGAAAAACAACGUCUACAACAAAGGCUGCAACAAGAACACCUCCAAAAACAAUUCCAACUCCAUCAACAACAGCUACAACUCCAUCAACAGCAAUUUCAACUACAACAAAAAGAACGUGAAGAAGUAAAGAGACAAUAA